CUGACUCACCAAACUGACUCAACUCUCUUUAUACUCGCACUACCAAAAAGGCACCCCCCAUCACGUGUUCCCAGUCUCUCACAAUUCUACGAGCCGCGUUGCUUUGACUCUCUCUCUCUCUCCAUUGUCCAAAUGUAAUGCUCACAAGCCGUGUCGCCGAAAGGUAAAACCCCACAACAAUCACCAAUCGCAUAGCAAGACGACCACCGUCUCUCUCUCUCUCUCUCUCUCUCUCCUUUUCUUUGGUUUCGUCUCUCUAUGAACUUCCUCUUCCCCAUUCAGGACACGACAACGUGUGGUCAAUGAUCGCUUCCGUUUCUCGAUCAAAAUCGAAAUCAAUUACUGAAUUUCCAAAUUUAGGGUUUGUUUGGAGGCAGUGAUAGUUAGAAUUUUUCAUGGAAGGGGUAGAUUCGAGUUCAGGACUCUAUAGACCGCACUUGGAAGCUGAGAGUCGAAGCGUUGAUGAAACUUUAAGAGCCGUUGAGGUCCAGAACGUGGACCGGUGCGAGCCGAUUCAGGAAAUGGAUGACUCGCAGCUCGUUGGAGUUCCGGUGGUUGUUGCUGAAAAUUCUGUGGUCGGCGGUGGAGAAACUCCUGCUGCUGUGAAAGUGGAGGUCGAGACGGUGGCGAGAGAGACAGAAAAGGAUGGUGUUAAGAAGAAGCGAGGUCGGCCGCCGCGGGAUCAGGCCAAACCACCACAGCCGAAGCGGCGAAAGGAAGAGGAAGAGGAAGAUGUGUGUUUCAUAUGCUUCGAUGGUGGUUCUCUCGUUCUAUGCGAUCGCAAGGGCUGUCCUAAGGCAUAUCAUCCGGCUUGUAUUAAACGGGAUGAGGCUUUUUUUCGAUCCAAGGCAAAAUGGAAUUGCGGUUGGCAUAUAUGUAGUGUAUGUCGGAAGGCUUCCCAUUAUAUGUGCUAUACAUGUACAUUUUCGUUGUGCAAGGGAUGCACUAAAGAUGCUGAUUACGUAUGCGUCAGAGGAAAUAAAGGCUUUUGCACAACAUGCAUGAGAACAAUCAUGCUGAUUGAAAAUAAUGAGCCGGGAAACAAUGAAAUGGUUCAAGUAGAUUUUGAUGACAAAAGUAGCUGGGAGUAUCUCUUUAAGGUAUACUGGAUUUACUUGAAAAGGAAGCUAUCGUUAACUUUAAAUGAGCUCACUCAAGCUAAAAAUCCCUGGAAAGCUACUGGUAUGAUUCGUUGUAAGGCGCAAUCAUUUGUUCUACAUUACAAUACCAAGGGCAGCAAAGGUUCUAUAUCAGACAAGUCUUCUGAAAAUUUGGAGGCUAGUAAUAGUGACAAGACCAAUGAACUGUUAAUGUUACUCAACAAGGACUCUCUGAGCACAGAAACACCAGGAAGUGACAAAGGCGCAUCUUUGAUCUGUUCCAGCGACUGGGCAUCUAAAGAGCUCUUAGAGUUUAUUGCACACAUGAAGAAUGGUGAUACGUCUGUUUUAUAUCAGUUUGAUGUCCAGGCGCUUUUACUAGACUAUAUAAAGAGAAACAAUCUUCGUGAUCCUCAUCGAAAAGGUCAAAUUAUUUGUGAUUUGAGGCUUAAAAAUCUAUUUGGGAAACCACGUGUGGGUCACAUUGAAAUGCUAAAGCUUCUUGAAUUUCACUUUCUCAUAAAAGAGGAUUCCCAGAAGAAUGGGUUUAUUCCAGCUGGGAUUGUUGAUGCUGUUGCAAGCCAUGUGGAGCCUGAUGGGAAUAAUGAUAACUUACUGAUGAUGGGUAGAGACAAGAGACGUAGAACUCGUAGAAAGAAUGAAGCAAGGGCACCACAGACUAAUCUGGAUGAAUAUGCUGCAAUUGAUGUUCACAACAUUAACUUAAUCUUCUUGCGACGUAACUUGAUGGAGAGUCUUAUUGGCAAUACUGAGAAGUUCCAUGAUAAGGUAGUUGGCUCGAUUGUGCGAAUAAGGAUAUCUGGUGGUGAUCAGAAGCAAGAUAUGUACAGGCUUGUUCAAGUUGUAGGUACAAGUAAGGUGGCUGUACCGUAUAAACUUGGAGAUAAGACAACAGAUGUCAUGCUUGAACUAUUAAAUUUAGACAAGAAAGAAGCUAUAUCAAUUGAUGCAAUUUCAAAUCAAGCGUUCUCUGAGGAUGAAUGCAGACGUUUACGUCAGAGUAUAAAAUGUGGGCUUGUGAAACGAUUUACUGUAGGUGAGAUACAAGAGAAAGCAAUGAGUCUCCAAACAGUGACGCUCCAUGAUAGGCUGGAAACAGAGAUAUUGCGGCUCAAUUAUCUACGUGAUCGAGCUAGUGAAAAGGGGCACAAAAAAGAUCUUCGAGAAUGUAUUGAGAAAUUACAGCUUCUGAAGACACCUGAGGAGCGGCAGCGCAGACUAAGUGAAAUUCCAGAAGUACAUGCUGAUCCAAGGAUGGAUCCAAAUUAUGAAUCCGAAGAAGAUACCAGAGAACUUAUAGACAAAAAACAAGAUGAAUACGUGAGGCCUAGAUUUUCUGGAUUUAGUAGAAAUGUAAGCAAGCCAGUUGCUCCGCAAAAAAGAGGCAAGGUUUUAAUGAAUAAUGGUGGCAAAACAUGGAAAAACUUAACUACCUGCAAGGAUAGCAAUAGUGAGGGUCCUACAAAGGCCCCUGAGAUAGGUGGAUCAAAUAGUUCGGAGCAACUAGAAAACUGGGUUGAUUCGUCUGGUUCAGCGGUUGGUGGUAAUCAAGCUGUAAUGAGUUCCCAAUGGUUUUCUGGGGUUGCAUCUGAAAACUCAGCAAUACCUCUCUCCACAGAAGAUGCUCCAUCUGUGAGCAAAAGUGAAACUGACAAAUUGUGGCACUACCGAGACCCAAAUGGUGGAAUUCAAGGACCAUUCUCCAUGGUGCAGCUGCGAAAGUGGAGUACAACUGGACUCUUCCCACCUGAUAUGAGAAUUUGGGUGAGUGAUGAGCAAGUUGACUCCAUACUUUUGACUGAUGCAUUGAACGGACAGUUCCAUAAAGCUUUGCCAAUUCUAUUCGACAUCUCUUUGAAGUCUCAGGAAGUUGGAAUGCACUCUCAGUGCUGGGAGUCAUUGAAGGGUAAUAAUUCUUGUUCUGACCAGCCCCAAGUGCAUAGCCCUCUUCCCUCUUCAAUAAUCCCAGGGCAGCCUGAUGUAUUGCUGAUGCAGCAAGGAAGCAGUCGGGAAUGCGAGACAGAGAAAUCUGGUCCAAAUCAUGAAAAUUGGAAUUCACAUGGAACCAAAGUGUGUCAAAGUACUGUUGAAAACAGUCGUGAGAAAGAGUGUAACAGUCAGACCUAUUCAGGCCAAUCUUCAGGACAAAACUGGAGAUCUUUAAACAACUUGGAUUCUAACUUGGGUUUUGCUUCUGUGACCAAGUCAAUUAAUUCAUCUGAACAGAAUGGUGACAUGGACAUUGCAAAUCUGCCUAGUCCCACACCAAAGACAAUCAACAGGGAGUGGGAAGGUCAGGCUGCUGAAAACAAGCAGUCGGUGUCUUCAGAUGUACCUGUUCAAGAUGUAUCAGUUCUGCCAAGUCCCACACCAAAGCCAUGUCAUGAAGACCAGAAUGGACAGACUGCUGAAACCAAGCAAUCUGUGCUCUCAAAUUUUCCUAUUCAAGAUUCAGGCCCUACCUGGAGCAGUGCUUCUAGUCUAGUAGUUGGUGGGGCUCAACUUCCUGAAGUAGCUAAUGAAUGGGGUGCACGUUCUCCUGCUGCAAAACCUUCCACCAAGGAAUGGGAUUCUGGUCUUGGCUCCGUGUCUUCAUCAAAACAACCUGAAAUGGCUGCUGUUACUGAAACAAUUGAAUUUAGCACUCUGGCUGAGGAAUCAGUAUCAGAUUUGUUGGCUGAAGUUGAUGCAAUGGAGUCUCGAAGUGGCUUGGCUUCACCUACUUCAGCUAUGGACUAUGGUGAGGAAUUGAUUCAAGGUUCUAAGAACGAUUGCUUUAGUUCCAUUGAGGAGUUGAGCCCGACACCUGAUCUUGGAAAAAGUGACGCCUUUAGCUCCACUGGGGAUAUGCAAUUAUCUUGUCAGUCUAGAUCCAGAGAUGACCCAGUUGUGGCAUCUCGGGCUGAUAUUUUUUAUCCUGUAAAGAGUUGCAGUGGGCAAUCUUCUACAAGUGAUGAAGUGGAUGGAGAAAGAAAGACCACUCAUGUUCCAGUUAACUCGGGCAAAGCUGAUUCAUACGUACCGUCUCCUGCACCAUCCACCCGUAAACAGCACAUGGUUGGCAUACGGAUGGUGCAGAGUGCAGGGUUGGAGGCUAUGGAAACUGAUUGGAGAACAAUGCAGGGAAAUGUGAAUAUGGGUUGGGGGGGAUCACCUCAGGGAAUUGGAAACAUGGGGUGGAAUAAUAAUCAGAUGAUGGCAUGGGGAAAUACAAAUAACAAUCAUGGUGCUUUAGCUGGGAGUCUAAUGUGGGAUGGCCAAAGAAAAUACACUGGGGAAAGAUUUAUUGAUCCAAGGGAGACGGCCUUUCAGGGGGAUUCCGGAUACAACAGGGGUAGGCCUUCAUGGAACAGGCAGUCAUUUGUUGGUGGUGGUGGAGCUUACUCUAGGCCUCCUCCCAAAGGGCAGCGAGUCUGUAAAUUUUUUGAAAACGGGCAUUGCAAGAAGGGGGAAUUUUGCGAUUAUCUUCACCCAUGAAGAUGUUGUUCAACGACAGAAGUUACAUUUUAUUUUUGUGUACAAUCAAUUUUUUAGGGGAGAUUUGCUCCAAAUGUAUCCAAUACUACAAUUUAACUGAGGAAUUAAUAGGUAUAAUCAUAUAAUACAAUUUUUUCUUUCAGUAGGCCGUCUGUCUUGCAGAGCAUUUUGAGUGUGGAUUUCAUGGUAGGACAACGAAAUGGAUCGGCAAUCGGGAUUGGAAGUAUUUUUUAUUUUA